AACGGAUUAUUGCUCUGCUGCAGCGAUAGAGGGAAGGAAUAUAAACGUAAAUACUAUGUAUUCAAUCCCAUCACCAAGCAAUUUGCAGUCAUCCCAUCAAUCAUUGGAGGUCCAAAUGCUAGUAGAACAAUCCGCUUUAUGUGUCUGGCAUUUCAUCCACUAGAUUUUGUUCAUUACAAAAUUGUUUGUUUCCGCAAGGCAAAGCCUAGACAAAAUCUUGUUCAGAUUCAAAUAUACUCUUCUGACACUGGGAAAUGGAAGAUUUUAAAUCAAUCUUUCUCUUCACCAUGUUAUCUCUUAUCUGUCGGCUCUGGGGUUUAUUGGAAUGGAGCGAUUCAUUGGGCCCACACUAGUCUUGAUCCGUUGUACUUUAAGCUUGAUGUAGAACAGUUACAAAGGUUGCUAUUGCCCGAGAGGGCUGCAUCUUCUAGAGGGUAUGACUACAUAGCAAUGCCACUUUACUUUGGGGAAUCUCAAGGCCAUCUGCAUUUGGUAGAGCGGGCGACACAUAAAAGCAAUUUACACUUAAAAGUUUAUGAAGCGUUGAGUGAUCAUUCUGGGUGGUUUCUCAAGUACCAAGUAGACCUUGAUGAGCUUCCGCUCAUUUACCCUUUGUUGGUCAACCAAAAUCAAUUGAACUAUGAAUUUAAAGUGUUGGAUGUGGUUAGAGGUGAAGAAGAGGAAGAUGCAUUCAUGGUAGUGAAAAUUCCCCAGAAAAUUAUAAGGUAUGAUAUUCUGAAGAAAACUUUCAAAGAGAUAUUUGAUCUACCCAACGUUUUACAUCAUCGAAGAAUUGGGCAUGAAUAUGUUCAUCGUUUUACCGAAUCCUUGUCUUCUUUCUAAUGUUCAAGUCGUUCUAAAACUUUCUUUUUGUGCAUAAUCAGAAUGUGUGAUUAUGAUACAAACUACUUAUUGUAUCUU